CAUGGCGGACCAGAAAGCACGGCCGCUUAGUUCAGGAAUUGGAGGCGGCUCUCAGCCGAUACGGGUGGGGUGUUACGAAAUCGAGAGAACGAUAGGAAAAGGAAAUUUCGCGGUAGUGAAACUAGCCACACACGACAUCACUAAAACAAAGGUUGCAAUUAAAAUUAUAGACAAAACACAAUUAGAUGAAGACAAUUUAAAAAAGAUUUUUAGAGAAAUACAGAUAAUGAAGUUACUAAGGCAUCCUCAUAUUAUCCGACUCUACCAAGUGAUGGAAACGGAUCGCAUGAUUUACUUAGUUACAGAGUAUGCCAGUGGGGGAGAAAUAUUUGAUCAUUUAGUGUCACAUGGAAAAAUGACAGAGAAAGAAGCUCGUAAAAAAUUUCGUCAAAUAGUUGCAGCGGUUCAUUACUGUCAUCGUCGUUUCAUAGUACACAGAGAUCUUAAGGCCGAGAACUUACUUUUAGACGCUAAUUUAAAUAUUAAAAUUGCAGAUUUUGGUUUUAGUAAUAAAUUUACACCAGGUCAGCCAAUGAGGACGUGGUGUGGUAGUCCGCCAUAUGCCGCACCCGAAUUAUUUGAAGGAAAAGAAUACAAUGGCCCAAAAGCAGAUAUAUGGAGUCUAGGUGUUGUACUGUAUGUAUUAGUUGUUGGUUCGUUGCCCUUUGACGGCAGCACGUUACAAAGUCUUAGAUUACGAGUAUUAGAAGGAAGAUAUAGAAUUCCUUUCUACAUGUCAACAGAAUGUGAACAUUUAAUAAAGAAUAUGCUAGUUUUAGAUCCUAAAAAAAGGAUUACAAUAGACCAGGUCGUGUCACACAAGUGGAUGAACAUGAAUGAAUCUGACCCGACCUUUGACCAACUCAUAUUGGACAGCAGUAAUCAGAGUCAUUUGGAACCAGUAGAGGAUCCAAUCAGCGAACUUGUUAUAGAACACAUGGUACAUUUACGGUUUGACAAAGAAAGAAUAUUAAAGUCUUUAGACGUAAAAAGUUACGACCAUCAUAGUGCAGUUUAUCAUCUAUUGCUGGACAAACUUAAAAGACAUCAAAAAUCGGCUAUGUUGUCAACGGCAACCACUUCCACUGGACCAGCUGUUAAUAUUACAGACACUACUUUUCUUAAUAGCUUGCCAAAUCCUCAGUUACUGAGUAACACCAUCCCACAAGUCAACUUUAUCAAUGAAAAUAAUGAGUUUGUUCACCAGCCAAUAGGAUCACACACUGACUUGGAAGAGACGGAUGAUAUCGAAGAACCAUCUCCUGAAGCCUUGGCCCGCUACUUAUCGAUGAGACGUCACACACUAGGUGUGGCAGAUCCCAGAACGGAGGUUCCGGAAGAUCUUCAGUUGAAGCUGACUCCCCAGCUAGCAGUUAAUAACUUCGGAGCCCCUCUUAACACAUUUGCUCCGAUAUUUCCAAAUACAAAUUUGCCAAACUUGCCACAGAAUCUCCCGUUUGCAUCAAUCCCAUACGAUCCUUCACAGCAUUUAACUUACAGGGAACAGAAUUUACUCCGCCCUCCAGUACUUCAGAUGACUUCGCAGCACAGCCACUUAAACCGCAGAGCAUCUGACGGUGGUGCCAAUAUACACCUUCAUUUACAGCAAUUACAAAAACAGCUACUCUCUGGUCGGGGUAGUCAACCUGGUACGAUUCAAACAGAAGCAACACAACAGAUCUCUCCUGUUGGGUCAACAAUACCUCAGAGAAUGUCCGCAGUGGGUGUAACACCCGAGGAGAAUGAAGAAAAUGAUUCAGAUCAAGAACCAGAUCCGUUAGAAGUGGCAAGGUAUCUUAAAAACAGAGGACGAACUACAAGGCAUACGCUUGGUACUGGAGAGUUGACAGCAGACUUGAGUGAAGAACUCCAACAGAAACUUGCACAACACCCGUUAGGCCGAGUACGAGGACGCGGUACUUAUCUUCCAAUUGAGAAAGGUAGCAAAAACAGUUUACAUCUUCCGAACGACCGGUUUCUCAGGAGAGCGUCUGAUGGCUCACCUGCAAACAUUCAUGCAUUUCGAGCGUAUUUGGAAAGGUCACGGCAAAGUUCAUUAAAACAACUGUACAUGGAAUGUCAACAAAUACAGCAUCAGAUUGGUAAUCCUCCUGACAAAGAACAGAUGGAAAUGCAACAACAUUUACAUAAACUAGACCAUGACAUAAUGCAGCAUCAAAAACUUCAACGUCAGGGAACGCCGCCAUUACCAUCACCGCCAAAAUCUGCAUCGCCAAGCCCCGAAGCUCAGCAUCUGUACCAACACAUCCAACGACUGAAACUGCACAGAGAAACAAACAGUCCACCAAGUUAUGGUAGUCGUACAAGUCCUCCACCUGCAACCAACUUCCAAAUGUUGCAGCGUCAAAAUCAGCCGUCACCUCCACCGCUGGUUAAUCAUCCUUUGCCAACCCAAACAGCAAGUAUUGUGACCGGUCAAGCUAUUCCAAUGAGUCAAGCCAGUAUUGUCACUGGUCAAGCCGCACCUGGUGGACACACAAAUGUCAUGAUUGGACAAACUACCCCAAGCUGCCAGCCCAGUAUUGUGACUGGACAAGUGCAUGCCCAACCUGACUGUCAAAUGACGAAUCACAUGAACUAUGGAGGACAGUGUAAUGAAAACGAUAAUAACGCAAUGAGACUUAAUUUCACGAAUGUACGACAACAUUCCCAGUCAAGCCCUUCCCCACCAACUCAUUCCAUAAGCUUUCCUCAGAUGCAAUAUUCCGACCCAUUCCCACAUUCGCAACCAUUGCACCAACAUCAACGGCAACAGAUGUUCCAGCUUCAUCAGCAGCAUUCGGCCGAUUCCCCGGUCUCCACCCCACCCACCAGCUUUCCUCAGGCAGCUCCAGCAUAUCCACAGUCCACACAGCCUGAUGCAUCACUUCUCAACCCAUUCAUCAGCAUUCCAUCUACCAUUCACUCUGUGAUUCCCAGUCCCGCUGUGACAAUCCAGGCACACAUUUUCCCAACAGCAGUUCAAUCAGAUCUCCAUUCAGCCUGGAUUCGACAGCAUUCCCAGGAGAACUCAUUUGAUAUACCUCUCCAUCCACACCUUUCUGACAAUCCAUCCCUUGAAAGGCCUACGCUGGUUUUCCCUGAUAUUAACGAGCCAUACAUUGAAGACAUCCCGCUUGAACAAAUUCCAUUAACGACUGUAUCUCCUAAUCAGCGCUACCCAACUGCAAACUUCCGAAGUUAUGGACGACUGAACUUGGCAAGCAUUCCAUCAAAUGAGGAACUGGACGGGAAUGAAGAGCGGGAAAUGAUAGAUGGUCCAUUCACAAAUACAACCACGAAUACAGGUCUCCCAAAUCAAGGAAACCUUUUUAGUCUGGCCUUCAACAACCUUAGGAGUAGUGGUGGUAACAAUGGCAUUGCCCAGCCACAUGGCCUUCAGCAUCACACAGUCAUCCAGAACAAUAACGACGCCCUGAUACAGCUACAAGCCCAACUCCUGCAACACACAAUACCUUACUACACGCACACUAAUAACAAUUACGAAGAGAGUGUCAUGUUAGUUCAGACAUCGGAGAAGUACCUCCAGAGUGAACCAGGAAAGACAGUUCCUCUCUGCAUGCAAGGAUUCUCGAUGCAGAACACUCUGAAAGGCGGUGAUACCAAUUCGGAAAAUAACUCUGAGCCUGUUACUUUGAAAUAUGCACGGUCGUUCAGUUUAAUGACUGCAAAGGAGCUUCCAGAAGUAGUGCAGGAAAUCAAAAGGACCUUGGAUAAUCAAGGUCCAGGACUUAAAUAUGAGAAUCUAGCAAACAAGUUUUCAUUGGAAAACCAGGGCGUGCGUAUGGAGCUGGAGAUAUGCCAAGUUCCGGGAUUGUCGGUGAACGGACUACGAUUACGUAAAAUAGCAGGGGAUACGUGGCAGUAUCGGAGACUAUGUAACGAACUCCUAGCUGGAAUGGAUCUUUGAAAACCUUCUGGCUCAUGUAAUUCUAAUGGUACAGUCUAUGGUUGAUGUCCAAUGUUAGGAUUGGGGGAUACUAAUACUAAA